AUGGCAGUCUCCCUGUCCGUGGAAACGCUGAACUGGCAUUGCCCACCAUGGGGUGGGUUGGUCCAUGGUCCAUCAUAUGACCGGCAGGCAGUCACGCCAGGGAUUGUCCACAUUGGCCUUACAGAGUUCCACCGAGCUCACCAAGCCCACUUCAUUGACGAGUUUCUAUCAUCUGGACAGGUGGACUGCCUGUCCUGGGGCAUUUCAGGAGUCAGUUUCGCCGAGGAUCAGCACCUCCAUCAUGCGAUGGAGGAGCAAAGCGGCAUGUAUGUCCUUUGCACCCGAAAUGCACAGGAGCCGAUGGCACGCAUCAUCGGAGCUUACUGCGAGCAUCUCUCUGCACCGGGGCACCAUGCCGCGAUACUCGAUCGGCUCCAAGCCGACAGCACCAAGAUCAUCAGCAUAUGCUUCAGAAAAAGCGAUUCUCUGGAUGAUGCCGGAGCUCUGGAUGAUUCGUCGGAAGACAUUCAAUCGGAUCUGGGAGCUCUUAGAAGCAUACUCGCGUGCACUGAUGCGGAGUCGCUGUCAUCGACCGUCCCGCUCAAGACGGCCGCUGCCUACCUAGUCGCAGCUGCAGCGUUGCGCAAGAAGCGUGAUGCUCCACCUGUGGCUGUGCUCAGCUGUGACGCAGUGCCACGGAAUGGGGAGCGAUGCGCUUCUGCGGUAGCUUCACUGGCACAGCAGACCGGCGGUGAUGAGCUCAUGCAGUAUAUCCAGGAAAAAUGGCGAUUUCCCAGCUCGGUCUGUGAUCGCAUCGUGUACAGAUUGACGCCCACCGUACUGCAGGACCUUCACCGAGCAUCCGGUGUGGCCGACAAAGGGCCGGUUGCUUGCGAAGACUUCGUGCGAUGGGUUGUGGAGGACCAAUUUCCGAGCGGUCGGCCUGCCUGGGAAUCGGUGCUUGGAGAUGCCUGCGUCUUCGUCGAGGAUGCUCAGCCAUUUUCGGACUUGCACCUGAAGGUCUUCGAAGGCGCUCGGCAGCUCAUCACCUACGCUGGGAUCUUGUUGGGCUACCGGCGAAUCAAUGAAGCCAUUGAGGAGCCGGUGAUUGUGGAAUUCGUGAAGAGAUACUGGGCAGUGGUUCUGGCGCAUGCGGUGGCCCCUUCCGAGAAAGCGGAUGGGCAAGCCUACCAGGCUGAGAUUUUUCAGCGACUCUCACAGAGUGACGAAGAGCUGCUCACCCUGGCGGAGGAGGGAUGCCAAAACAUUUGCAGCUUCUGCAUGAGCAUUAUUCCUGGCCUACCGCCGAUGGACACGCCAACCAUCAAGCCAAUUGUUCAGCUUCUAUGCCUAUGGGUGCGGUACAUCAUCGAUUCCGCCGACGAGACAGAGAAGCCAUACGUCCAUGCUGCAGAUGGAAGGCUUGAAGUGCUGCAGCCGUUGGCAGAGAGCUUGUGGCACAAUGCUGUGAAAUCCAUCAAGGGCGAGAAGGGUGAGACGAUCCGGAAGCAACCUCCAAGAGAAGAGACGAAAGCUUUCGUAACUGCAGCCUUCCCUUCUGUGAACUUGGGCGCGACGGUGCUGGUGGAGGUGAUGGCAAGCCAGCUUAUCGCCUGCCGGGCCAACGGCGUGGCCAGCUUCUUGACGCCAUCUGGCAAGUAG